AUGCCCACUGCCCAACACACCAUGUCCUUCGCAGAUCUCGGAUUGGCGCACUGGCUGUGCGACUCCCUGCAAGCCAUGCGGAUACACACACCCACGGACGUGCAGACACACUGUAUCCCGCCCAUAUUGAAGGGGAGGAACUGUAUAGGUGGGGCACGUACCGGGUCUGGUAAGACUCUUGCGUUUGCUGGGCCCAUGUUGACAGAGUGGUCUAGAGACCCCGCGGCUCUCUUCGGUGUUGUGUUGACACCAACGCGAGAAUUGGCAGUGCAGAUUCAUGAACAGUUGUGCGCCCUGGGGGCACAACUGAAUAUUAGAUGUGCGCUCGUCGUUGGUGGUGGGGAUUUCGUGCAACAGUCUUUGGAACUCCAGGGGAGACCUCAUUUUAUUGUCGCGACACCAGGUAGACUGGCACACCACAUUAUUAGUGAUACUCCAGAGGCAGCACUCUCCAGCUUGCUGAAACGGUACACACGAUACUUGGUUCUCGAUGAGGCAGAUUUCCUUCUGACACCAACAUUCGCAUCGGAUUUGGCGGUGAUCUUGGGGGCACUACCAGACAAAACUCACCGCAGAACUCUCCUCUUCACCGCUACUGUGACAGAUCAAGUGUUGCAACUGCGUGAGGGCGAUGCAUUCGUCUACAACGCUGAGGACGACUCGCAACUCGCUCCAGGGCGUAGACAACUACCAGAUACGCUCACCGCGGAGUACUUGCUCGUCCCAGAACACGUCAAGGAGGCGUACCUGUACCAUAUCCUUGUCUCCAAUGAAUUCGAGGACUCCACAGCCGUCGUGUUCGUUAAUCGCACACGUACAGCGGAGUUGCUACGGCGUACACUGUAUCAAUUGGGGGUACGCGUCACCUCACUACACUCACAGAUGCCCCAAUCUGAACGUGCCAAUUCGUUACAUAGGUUCCGUGCCCGUGCUGCACGAGUGCUCGUCGCUACAGACGUCGCCGCAAGAGGGCUCGAUAUCCCUCAGGUGUCCCUCGUGGUCAACUACGACGUGCCCUCGGACCCUGACACUUUUGUGCACCGUGUCGGGCGUACCGCUCGUGCGGGGAGACACGGUGAAUCGGUACUGUUCGUCACGCAGAGGGACGUCGAUAGAUUACACGCAAUAGAGACUCGUGUGGCCACUACGAUCGGACAGUUCUCGCGCGUCGGGGACACCGCUGUGAUUAAGAAAUCCCUCACGCAGACGAGUAAAGCGAAACGGACGGCAAUGAUGGCCAUGGAACGCGAGGGGUUCGGAGAGAGAAGAGCCCAACAGAAACUAAGGCAGGCUAAAUAA